AUGUCGCUUUUCCACGCUAAUGCUGGCCAGGCGGAAAUUAUCCGCAGUGUGCAAAAGGACCAGGAACAUAUCGAGUACAUACGGACAGCGCUAAGCGAGGUUUUGUUAUUACUGAGCCAACGGCACUGGUUCAAGUACAAUUCACUGUGUAAGCUGAUAGCGGAAAUCCUUUAUCAUCACUAUGCCAUCCUCAACAAUCUGCAAACGCUCGGGGAAGAGUACACCGGGAUCAUACAGGUGGACGCCAACUAUGUAAUGUUACCGAACAAAGCACUUCAGCUGCUGGCUAUUUUGCUUGAGUACGUUGGCGAGCAUGUGGUGGACCGUGUGCUCACUUACCUGCAGACCGAAAUAGACCGCAGCGAGGAGUUGCUGGAAUCGGUUAAAAACGCACUACACAAGCUGAUCGAUACGCUCCGUGUGGUGGUACCGUACGUGCGUGGAUUUCAUACCAGCCUGUUUUACAUCAACGGUAGAAAGUACCACAUAUCGAAGCGGUUAACUGGCAUUAACUAUGUUCUUAUUCGAAAUUGGCUCAAAGAGGACCAUUCCGUUUACGGUUAUAGGGUAUUAGGGUACGUCACCCUGACCCAACUUGUGCUAGCCCUGGCCGCGCGUUACCGACAGUACCGGUCGGAACCAACCACGAAAUCCAUCCCGGCACGGGCCACCAGCGGCAAACGUUCGUCUAGUGCUUCGCUGCGAGCACGCAACUGUGCCCUUUGCAUGGAUACCACGCAAGAUAUUAGCGUCACGCAGUGUGGGCAUUUAUUUUGCUGGCAUUGUAUACUGAAUUGGCUUGACAAGCGACAAAUUUGUCCAAUUUGUCGCGAAACUGUGAAAAAAACGCGCGUUGUACGUUUACAAAACUUUUCGGCUGAAUUAGAAGUAUCGAGCUAG